AUGGGUUUUUUUGGGGGGUUUUUUUUUUUUUUUUGGGAGGAAAUGUCGAGGUGUAGAUUUGUUUUGGGAUGGGUUGCGGCGGCUGUUUUAGGAUUAUUGGAUGCUUAUGGAUGUUACAUACAUUGCUGGAAGCUGGUGGUUGGGUUGGAUCGCACCGGGUGCUUUGUCCCGAGACAAGGCCACGCCGGAAAAGGUUGUUGGACCAUGACCAUGGGUAGUAUUCGUCGGGUGAUGCGGCGGCCCGGCUGCAAGUUGCCGUUUUGGGUGCGAACUCUUCUUUUUCUGAUGGUGGGUGAUGGUUUUAUAGUCGACAAGAUAGCCAGCUGGCCAGCAUCUGGACGAAAAAUCCAGCUUCGGGGCCAG